UGUACAGAGUAGUUGACCACAAAGGUGACUUCCUUCACUGACCGAAGCUACUAAAGCACUUCAAGGAAAUGUCUCCUCCCUUCACAUUCUGUAUGUGAAAGACGAAGAUAGUUCUCAAAGUAACUCUGAUAUAGUAUGAACUCAACCUUUUAGAACUCCAGCAAUGACUCAGAAUGGGAAAGCUCUCAGGAAUAUCAUGCAGGCUAAAGAAACAGAGGUUGAGGGAAGGAGUACACUCUUCUAUUCUUUCAUUAAAGCAUACCCUCAUUGCUGUUCCACAGGACACAAUAGUAUUGAGGUUUUCUGAGGUGAUCUCACAGACACCAUAAUUGUAGUUUUGGAAAUCUUUUGAGUAUAUCGAAAAUUAUGCAUUUCCUAGUAACCUUAAGUUUGUGCCAUAGAUCCUACAGAAUUGCAGCUGUGUGCUUUGGGGUGCUUUGUGUUCUUCAAGCAGCGCUAAAUGUUUCCCUACGUCUGUUGUUAAUGUUUUCAGACCACAACAAGUUAGACACGCACGAUUUCCAGGCUGAGUACUCCACAGUAAGUACAGAAAAAGACGUCUUACAGACAAGUCAACCAUUGUUAUGGAAAAAACACACUGAACUAAAACAGGAAUGUAAUAAGCUUCAAAGGAAACUCUAUAAUCUGGAGAAAUUCCUUCAACAAGGAUGGAGUUACUUCAAUUCUAGUAUUUACUUCAUCUCCUCUGAGAGAAAGAGCUGGAGCUCCAGCAGGAAGGACUGCAGAGAGAGAAGUGCAGACCUGGUCAUCAUAAACAGUAGAGAGGAACAGGAAUAUCUGAAAAGAUUUGGUGUGGAUAUGUGGAUGGGUUUAACAGAUGCCGAUAGUGAGGGGCUGUAGAGAUGGGUAGACAAUGAACCCUUGGUCACAGGGUACUGGAUGAAUGGUGAACCCAACAAUGGUUUUGGACAGACAAACGAGAACUGUGCUGCCUUUAAUUCUGUAGUACUCAACAAUGUGAACAUUUGGUUUGAUACAAAUUGCCACUUCGCUUUCAACUGGGUUUGUGAGAGAAGGGUUCAUCUUUAGCCACAGCAUACAGAUAUCUAACAGCUAAAAUAUAAAUGCCAGAAAUAAAUAAAUAAAAUACUGUUUACAGUUUUUUCUGAAUGCUUAAA